ACACCUAAAUUAGAUGAUUAAUUAACUGACUACAGAUCUAUUCUACUUUGGAAAAGCUUAAAUUUGAUGGGGAUUCUUUGGCCUCUGAAAUUGAAAAUACAUUGAGAAUCAUUGUGAGUUUUCGCGUUAAGUAUUAGUUUACUGUACUAGAAGUAGGUUCUGGGGACUAUUUACUUUCGACUUACUUGAUAUCUUCUUCUAAUAUAUGUUUUAUGUAAAUUAUUAGGUUGCUGGAGGAGAUGGCACUGCAAGCUGGCUCCUUGGAGUAAUUUCUGAUCUUAAACUACCUACGCCACCUCCCGUUGCUACCGUACCUUUGGGAACUGGAAACAACCUCCCAUUUUCUUUUGGCUGGGGAAAGAAAAAUCCUGGCACAGAUCGUCAAUCUGUGUUGUCAUUCUUGGAGCAAGUAAAGGCUGCUAAGGAAAUGAAAGUUGACAGUUGGCAUAUGAUAAUGCGUAUGAAGGUUCCCAAAGAAGGUUCUUGUGAUCCCAUUCCACCUCUUGAACUACCCCAUUCCCUUCAUUCAUUUCAUCGCGUCUCUCAAUUUGAUGAAUUGAACAUGGUAAGAUUUCAUUUCCCAGUAAGUAGUUAAGAGUAGCAUUUUUUUUUUUUAAUUUUUUAUCCCCUUUCUUUCUUUCUUUCUUUCUUUUUCUUUUUUAUAAAAUUUUGUUAUUCAAAUGAAAUGAGAUUGCUUGUUAGUUGUUACACGUAGCCUUGAUUUAUAUUUUGGAAAUGAACCUGUGGCAGUCUUCUCUUGAAACAAGAAGGCAUAUCAUGAGCAGUGAGGGUAUGCUGCUCUUUGUCAAGAAUUUCAGCAUUCC